CCAAAUGCGAGUGGGAUUAGUUGGCCUAAACAACAAUAGAAAGUUUGUUAAAUGGAAACAUAUAUCCCAGCUCAAAGUGACCCAUUGGUGGUGACGAUGCUGGCCAGGAUCAUAUUUUGCAGUGCAGUCCUGUUGGCAACCCUGGCAGUAAUUCUGCUGGCUUUGUUUUCACCACUACCUAAAAGAAAGCCAUCACCGCCAUGGCUGGACCUCUCCUUGUACAUCCAGCAACCACAAAGUCCUAAUAUUAUUGAAAUUGAUGCAACAAGCUCCAAUAAUAAUAAUGAUCAUGUGGCACAAUCUUCCCAAUCAGAGGGCGGAGGAGCAUUCAUCUUCCACCGCAUGCUCACAGAGGGACCCGAGAACACUUCUCGGUUGGUGGGAAAAGCGCAAGGGUUCAUUAUCCCAGUAGAGCACUUUGCAAACUCGGGUUUCAACAUAAUCUAUCUCACCUUCCACACGCCUCAGUAUUCGGGUAGCCUAAGCGUUGAGGCCAAGCAUGUCUCCCCGAAAGACACCGAAGAGCUUACUGUGAUGGGUGGAACGGGGUCGUUUGCUUUUGCAAGAGGACUUGCUGUUUUUGCUCAGAGUAUCCAUGGUGAUGCCGCUUAUCAUGUAAAGUUGCAGCUUAGAUUUCCUAAUAAUCAGUCUCGGACGACCACAAUUCCGGGAUGAUCGUGAUGCACUGGUUUUGUUCUGUAAUAUGUUACUUAAUUGAUAAUAAUUCUUUGUUAUUAAAAAUACAAGUAAUGAAUUUACAUGUUCCUUCCAUUUGCAUGUAUUUUCAGCAACAUAAGAAAAAUUCAUUGAUUGGUUGGGGAGCCCAGUCCUCAUCAAAUUGUGAUAGCCCAAUCC